AUGCAUCGGUCUUCCAAUUACUCAUAUCAACAAACCUCGAGCUCGAGGAGCUCCAACCACGGCACCAGCAGCGCUUUCAGUCCUAACGCCAACCCCAAUGAGGAUUGGACCAAGAUCUCAGACCUUGCAGAGCGUCGCCGGAUACAGAAUCGCAUUGCUCAGAGAAACUACCGCAAGAAGCUAAAGCGCCGCCUCGAAGAUUUGGAGAAGAGAGCCGCAACUGCUUCUACAUCUCCAGAACGGUCACACGAGGGUUCGGAGUCGCCGAAGGCGGUGGUGCACACUGUCAAGUCCCGCACCAAACAGGCUCGCACAACCAAGUCUAGCUCAGAUGCAACCCGUCACGCCUCCGCCCAACGAGGCUCUUCCUAUGACAGCCACUCCACCCAGGAAGAUCGCGGAUCGAUGUUCUCCCAGCAAUGCACUCGACAGCUCUCAGCCUCGCCGCCUCCCGUGUUCUCUUACCCCUCAUACUCUCACUUGGAAUCCUAUGGUCACCAUUCGUACGGACAGCCGCCUUCCUACCACUCUCUGAACAACCACUACAAUGACCUGCCAUACGGAGAGUACGGAACAACGCUGCCCUCGAUCCUGCCUGGUCCGAUACUCGGAUCGGGCGCAAAGAAGCACCACUCGUACGCCGAUGAUGAGAUUGUCAGCCCCUUCAGUAUGAGCUAUGCGUCCAUGGCUGGCAUUGAUCUGGGUCCGACACCGCAACACCUUCCAGAGCACAACAUUCCUGUACAUGCCCCUCUCUCUACCUGA